UUCGUGCGGAGAAAAUUGCUUGCAUUAUUGUGAAAAUGUUUGUAAUCGUACCCUGAACAAUGUGUUGUUGCUUAAUUAUGCAUUAAUUAGCACACUCCUGAUACGGUAGAAUCAUCAAAACUACGAUACCGGAUUACUGCGCUCUCUGGCGUCGGGACUUCCCCACCCUCUUGGAGCUCAAAUAGAUAAGCAAGACGAAUGGCCAACGAAAGUGAAAGCAUCGGCCACUGAUAAGCGAUCGACAAACAUGGAAACAAGUGAUAAAAGUGAAAGCAAAAUCAAGGAGAAACUGAACCUGCACGUUAAAAAACGACUACAAGAGUCGUCCAAGCAACCGAGUCAUGACAAUACGAGCAACUCGAAGGACAUAGCGUCGGUUUCAGUUGGUCCUCGGGCCAAGCGACAGAAAACUAAAAAUGCCACAAAAUCCACUCCAAUAAUCAAAGAUUUGGCCAAAGGCAACGAGUUGCUUCUGUCUCCCGGCGCAACUAACAGUAACGAUACCACCAACAGCAGUAUAAACUCGACCGAUCAGGACGCAGAGUUGAACGACCGCGAGACGGUCGAUCGUAUCGCCACCACCGACAAACCGGCAAAGGCCGGCCAGCGGGUAGAUAUAUUUUCGUGGAUAUUGAAUCAAAAGAAAAGUUCCCUGAUGCGCGAUCCGGAGGUUGUGGCCUGUUUGAACGCUCUAAGCGAACGAAAAAACUGACGACGAAAAGAACUUGGGUUCGAAUAAUGUGUUGGUUAUCCUGAAUGGUGCAGAAUUGAGGCGUAAUAUGGUAACCAAGUGUUGGAGAAUAAAGGUAAAAAACCCUUUAUUAAAAAGUGUCCCUUUAUUAACGUCUUUAUUAAGCGUCUCUUUGUGAACAGACUAUUUUUUCUAAAAAGUCGUCGAGAAAUAAAAUCAAACGAG